AAUUCAAUCUCGGUUUUAAUUUCAUGCGAUGUUGUGGACACCAGUAAGAAAUUGAUAAAAAGAAAAAAAACUCGCUAUCUUUUUGACAAAUAUAAUUUCAAAAAUAAUUUUAGGUUUUUUUUAAAAAUACUAAUAUCACAAUCAAUUCCCAUAAUAAAGAUUUCGUCUAAGCGUAAAUCUUAUUAUACAACGUCCCAGCAAACUUCUUCUUAUGUGAUUCCGCCUCCGUCACAUUAACAGCCAUAGGCUACCAUUAAGGACACACAAUACGUCCUCUCCAAUCACAUAUCUGCCGGGAUCCUUCGAGGGGGAAGGUGGUCCCGCUUUUGGCCACCUGCCCCACGACACCUGGUAAACGAUACCUCCUCCCUGCGCAUGCGUAAUAGCCUGCCAAAAAUCCCAACGCUGUCUGGCCUGUCAACCAAUAGUGUCCCAAUCUGUCCAGAGAUAAAGUCAGAGCGGCGUAGAAAGGAGAGGACUGAAGUGGAUUUCAGAGCUGAGCAGCACCGAGUGAAGGAGAAAAACAUGCCGAGGUCUUUCCUGGUGAAGAGUAAACGGGCCCACAGCUACCACCAGCCCCGGUACCUGGACGAUGACUGCGGUAGACUGGACACUAUUCUGGCUCAUGUGUGCGCAGAAACCAAAUCUCAUGCGGAGUUUGAGGCGCAGGAGAAUGUGAGCGCCGGCGCUGACAGGCUGUCCCCCGGGUCCAGGCUGCUGUCCCCGGGGUCGCUGUCCUCCAGCUCCCCGCUGAGCUGCGGAGGCAGCGUGUGUGACCGAAACUCCGACUGUGAUUUCUGGCGCCCACCGUCUCCCUCGUCCUCACCAGAUUCAGAGAAGUGCUCCACUCCAGCAGCAGAGGAAGGCCAUCACUUCAACAUCCCGCUCUUCCCUUACUCCUGGACGGCGUACUCCGGCUCUGAGCUGAGGCAUUUGGUCCAGGGGCCGUAUCAUCGUCAUCUCCAGGGCCACGGGGAGCCUCACUCACCCGUCAGCAUUUACGGUGCAGAGGACAGCGGCGCCGAGCCUCUUUACGCACAGAGAGGCCCGGUGGCCGGAUGUUAUCAGGACUUUUCUUCAGCGGCCCACCAGAUGUGCAGGAUGCGCGAUGGUGACGAACUGUUCGUGGAUGUAAAGCAGAAGCCCCGCGGUGCAGAAAUCAAGUCUGAAAAUGACUUCAUCUGCUCGAACAUGGAGUCAAAUGGAUCCUAUAAGUGUAUUAAAUGUUGCAAGGUGUUCUCCACGCCUCACGGGUUGGAGGUUCAUGUGCGGCGAUCGCACAGCGGGACGCGGCCGUUUGAGUGCGGGAUCUGUGGGAAAACCUUCGGGCACGCAGUGAGCCUGGAUCAGCACAGAGCGGUUCACUCGCAGGAGAGAAGCUUCAGCUGUAAAAUCUGCGGCAAAAGUUUCAAACGCUCCUCCACACUGUCCACGCACCUGCUCAUCCACUCGGAUACGCGGCCUUAUCCGUGCCAGUACUGCGGGAAGAGGUUCCACCAAAAGUCAGACAUGAAAAAACACACUUUCAUCCACACAGGUGAGAAGCCGCACAAGUGUCAGGUGUGCGGGAAGGCCUUCAGUCAGAGCUCCAACCUCAUCACGCACAGCAGGAAACACACAGGCUUCAAACCUUUCGGCUGCGACCUGUGCGGGAAAGGUUUCCAGAGGAAAGUGGACCUGAGGAGACACAAGGAGACGCAACACGGACUUAAAUGAGCACUUUUAAUAAUCUACUCUAUUUAUACGGUCGAGUUUUAUUUUAUUCUGUGUUUGUAUUUGUUGCAUUGACCCACUUCUGUUGAAUGCAGUUAAUUAUUUAG